AUGCCAGGAAUAUCGCCCAUUGUUCUCAUCCUCGGUGCCGGACCCAGAGUCGGCCUGUCAACCGCAAAGGCCUUUGCCUCCAAAGGCUACAAGGUUGCCGUCGCAGCCCGGUCCCUGAACGAGGCAGAAAGCACAGACAGUCAACUGAACAUCAAGAGCGACUUCGCUAACCCCGACGAUGUCAUCAAUGCCUUCUCAAAGGUCAAGAAGGAGCUGGGCAUCCCAAAUGUUGUCAUCUACAAUGCUGGCGCCGCGACAUUUGCUCCCCCAGGCGACCCAUUUGCGAUCCCGCUAGAUGCAUUCAAGCGAGACAUGAUCGUCAACAAUACCAGUGUUUUUGUCGCCGCCCAGCAAGCCGUUCUCGGAUUCGCUGAGCUCCCUGCCGAGGCGCCGAGGGUGUUCGCAUUUACGGGCAACAUCCUGAACGUCAAGCCGCUCCCUCAGUUCCUCGAAUCUGGCGCCGGCAAGUUCUAUUAUGUGGAUGAACGGAAGGCGGAUGGCUCCGCCGCCUUUAAGAUUGAUGGAGAGGCACAUGCAAAGCUCUUCUGUGAGCUCGCCGAGACAAAGACGCAAGGCCCAUGGUUGCAGACCUUUGUCAAGGGCAUUGGAUAUCGGGACUUUGGGCCCUACCACUUCUAG